AUGAUUUCAGUUCUGCAUGGACUUGUUCUCGUGGCGGCCGCAUUCGCGGCCGCCAACGCGCAGGAUUUAGUGUCGAUGAAGUACAAGGUCUUCCCAUUCUGCAAUUGCCCCCCUUCCGGUUUCCCGUAUUCCUUAUCGCCACCUAAGGACUAUGGCAAUGGCAAAUACUGCUUCACGCUUCUUGUGGACACUAGCAGCAGCACCGAGGCCUGCGCUCGGGCGGGACUCUACAAGAUCGAGUUCAACGUCAAUCCUGCAUGCGACAAGUGGUCCCUGGAUAUCAAGGCAACCAUCAACGGGAAUUUCUCCCUUCAGAAGCCAGAUUUCCACUUCCCCGCCAGUCCUCCGGCUCCCCCCGGUACUCAAGUUCUGUUCAUUAACAAUCUGGGCCUGAAUACUAGCAGCAAUGGAGCUGAGAUUUGCCUUUUCUUGAAGAGCAGCAAGGGACGUAAAGGUUGCACUAUUUUGAAUGAAUUCUGCUUGCCCCCGCCGAACGGUGCUCCCGGCGUCUGUCAGACCGCCCUCUUCGACAAGAGCAUCCAAUGCUGCAAGGCCCCUCCACGGCUACCGCCCACUCCACCCUCGCCCUUGCCGCCAUCCCCGCCCACUCCGCCCUCGCCCAAGCCUCCGUCUCCGCCGACCCCACCCUCGCCCAAGCCUCCGUCUCCGCCGACCCCACCCUCGCCCAAGCCUCCGUCUCCGCCCACCCCACCAUCGCCCAAGCCUCCGUCCCCGCCCACUCCACCUUAUCCCUCGCCCCCGUCUCCGCCCACUCCACCCUCGCCCAAGCCGCCAUCCCCGCCCGCGCCGCCAUCGCCCAAGCCUCCGUCCCCGCCCACCCCACCCUCUCCCUUGCCUCCAUCUCCGCCCACCCCACCGUCGCCUUUGCCUCCUACACCCUCCCCUUCGCCUGUGCCGCCCUGCGUGGUCUGCACCUAUCUCUACAUUCAACCUCUGAAUUCAGUUUUCAGCCUUAACAUUCCUGUCGAUCAGUGUCGUGCCUUAGCCAAUAAGGUUGUCGACGAAUUUAUUGCACCAAGCGGAAGCUGCACAACCACAGUCGGCGCUACUCCUUUCGCACUUCUGCCGUACACGGAGACUGUCCCAGGAACUAAGAAGGACAGGGUGCAGUACUGUUUCCGUACCGCUGUUGUGCAGCCAAAUGAUCCGAACAGCCGUUGCGGCAGCUCGGACACGUUGGCGAAGAUUGAGUUCUGGGCGAAUGAAACAAUGCGCCGCAGCGUUCUAGGCGUCUAUGUCCGCCCCUCCGACGCCGACACAUUUCGCUACAUUGCCCCUAGCUGGGCUGCAGUGGGCGAGCAGACGUUCAAGGUCACCCCGCUGAGAUGGUCCAAGGCUCAGGCAGAUGGUGGCAAGGUCUGCCUCGAGUUUAAUCAGAACGUUGACUUGAGCAGCUUCUGCCUCACGAACAGCAGCCGCAAGGUUUGCUGGAUGAGCCUUUUCAGUCCGGAUAACAAGUGCUGCCCUGUAGUUUCGGCGGCUUCGAUCUGAGACCUGAGCCUGUGCUGUUGUUAACAUCUUACGCAGCAGUCUCGCAGUCCUGCGAUGUUAACCGCAGACACGCUAGUGGAUUUGUUUUGUCCCAAAAGGUUAACGGCAGUUCGUGCAUCUAAGCGUCUUUUUUCUAGUUUCCAACGUUCUUUGUGCAGAUACGUUAGUAAAAUGAUUGAUCAUCUUCAGACGACGGUCCCUACCUAUUAUACGAGGGUGUUGCCUAUCGGUGAUGAAAACGUUUACUAACGGAAUGCCUCGAUUGUUCAUGGGGGCAAGAGUUUAGGGACUGCUUCAAUCGGUUCUUGGUUCGGUAAAGAAUAUGUAUUUAUGGUCAGCAGGACCGUGCUUUUCGGUGUGCCAGGAUACAACAAGACAUGUCCAUGAAGGCGCCCUGCAUGUGCGUGGGUAUUCUUUGCAUCAGGGCUACUGCUGCUGUUGGCGCAUGCAUGCACCCAGCGGUUGAUACAGCAGCUUGACGUGCGUAUCAUCUUGCUGAUUCCGUGCAUGCUGGAGCACGCAUGCACGGCUUGCGGCAAAAUUAGAAUGGUUCAUUAUUGUGCUGUCGCUUCAUGAUUGCUGCGUUGUGCACCCGUUACUCGAAGGUCCACUUGUGCAUGCACAUGUGCCUGGAUAGUUGUGUAGGAGCUACUUUUAUGAUCAGACACCUCGUGAGUAUGCGGCAUUGCACGUAGCCCUAGGCCUUCAUCGUCACACUCAUUGUAUUGUUUUAACUUAAUUCACGAUUGCUUUAGCUGAUCAGGAAUGUGUAGUGUGGAGAAACUAUUAAUAUUUUCUCGGAGUACAGCGCAGUGAGUUUUUAUCGAUAAUGUCGUGAUGUUUGAGUGCUGCCUGCCUUACGCAUUAAUGAUUGGCCAGUCACAGCAGCGCACUUGUGCUCUAUUUGCGCUUUAUUGCUGUGUAUUGUGUCGGCGAGAAUGUGUGGUUCAUAUCCAUGCUGCUGAAUACACUCUCGACGACACUACUGGCUACUGCAACCCCGGGGCCCAUCAUUUCCCCUAGCACAUUCGCACAAGCCUGUAACUUCUUAACACAACUCCC